AUGACUUCCUCCUAUCACUCCGACCUCGCCGCCUUGGCCGUCCGCGCCAGGUUCCAAGCUAACGAGCGAAGGCACCUGCAAUCUACCCAGCGCCUGGGACUUUGGAGCCAGCGAAGCAUCCUCCACCGCCAGGCGGCCGAGGCUGCCCGGCCAGCACUGCUGCGCGCUUUAGACAACCGUCCUCGCCCCCCCCCAGAGAACGCAACCCAGAGGCCUCGCAUUUUUGAGCGCCCCAAAGCUCGUCUCCUCAUCGACACAAGGUUUCCCGUCUUCGAGUCUGACGACCCUGCGCUCGCGGAUAUUCGCUCCGUCCGCGUGGCACCUCCAUCGACACGACGUGCUCGCCGAGCUUUGCCUGUUUUCGCCUCAGCCCCGACCACUCCUCUGGCGUUUUCCAACACCGGAACCGAGUUUGUUGUGAUCGAUGGCGUUCGCACUCGCAAGCGCCGCGCUGAGAGUACCGAGAUUGAACUCGUUGCGGGUCUGCACGACGCCGAGGAUACUAGCUCCUCUGAGACCGAGGCGCCGCGCCGCAUGUUUGCAGGACAUCUUCUUGGACGCGUCACCGGGAUGAUGUCGGACGUCUACUCUACCGUGACCGCUUUGAGUGGUGCAGUGGCUAGAUUUUUCCGUCAUACGUCUCACACUGUUACCGAACUUCGCACCUAUGUCCGUGACCCGGACACUGGCGCAAUCAAUGUCGCCAACAAGCGUUUCAAGCUGGGCUCCCCCGAGGAGACCCAGGCAGUCUGGCUGACUGAAGAGGCUACUCUCUGCGACCUGGUGACAAAGAGAGAGAGCCUCCUCGACUACCUUCGCACUAUCUGCAACGCCAUCGCCGACAACCCGGAUCGUGCCCAAAUGAACAAAUGUCUUGGGCCCCUGCAGUUUUUUCUCAUCGACAAUGCUCACGACCUUGGCGUUAUUAACCGCGGAGAGCGUGAUCUCUGCGACGCCUUCUUCGGCCACGUUGAAAAUUGCUUCAACCUGCUGGCCAUUCUCUACGACGUUGGCUACUUCUUCACCACAAGGAAGACCUAUGGUUCGGUUCCGCCAGCCGUGGAUUACAAACUCGGCGAAGAUGGUCGAAAGAAACUGAAUUGGGCUCAGAAGUUCCUUUCUGCCCCAGCUCUGCCCACUAUCUGCGAUGACUUUUUGCGAAUGGCCUGCGUGAAUACUGAGGAAUCUUUUCCCACCGACUUUGUCGAUCGAGUCAUUCUGGAUUUGCAGGCCAUUAUGUGCGACAUUCCUGUUCCGAGCUUUGUGGUUUCUGAAGAAUUCCAUGGGCAACUCCGACUGCUUUUCCCAAAGCCUCAGCGCACAGACCUGGAAUGGCACUUGCUGCUUCCUGGAUGCUUUCCCGAGGACGAGGAAGAGGAGACAAAAGAGGCUCCUCCCCCUUCCCCUCCCGCACACAGCGUCCCCAUCAUCACCCCUCCGCGAACUCCAUCUCCACCGCCGGUCAUUGCAAAGACCAAGACUGGCAAGACGGCAUGUUUCUAUGCCGACCACUUGGAAAGCUGGAUUUCUGGCAUAACAUCCCAGGAGUUCCACUCCGAGUUUUAUCAGGAGAGCGACGCUCAUCGCGCCAUUCAAACCAACUACAUUACCGAAUUUGUGGCCAAGGACCCCGGCAAAUCAGCCGAGGCCAAGCUCCCAAAGUCGAUUCUCAGGAGACGCAGAAACCAGGUGUCGCGAUGGAACCCCAAGCGACUGGCCGGGACACGUCUGCCCAAGGCUGUGCGGUUCACGGAAAGCACUCUGAGCCCUCGUCCGCGAAGUCACAUGGGCCUGGACGUGCCCAGGUUGAUUGAAGGCGAUGAAGAGCGAAAGAAUGACGACGCCCCCGCCGCUUGGUCUCCUGUUGGACUGCGACCAAUGACGCCUUCGGAGGACAACAUGUUCUUGAUAAAAAAAUCUCAUGACGAAGACUUCUUUUGGCCGCGAACAGAUGACGACAAACUGCCCGACCCCGAGGAGGAGAGAGAGCGCAGGGUUGCCGGCGCAUCGGCUCGCAUUGAUGAACUUAUGGGCCUACCCACCAACAAGAUUGACCUGUCCUACAAGCUGGCCGUGGAAGCAGAGAAGGCCGCGGAGGAGGCAAGGCAGAGAGCAGCAGAGGAAGCCAAAAGGGCCGAAGAAGAGGCGAAGAGGGCCGAAGAGGAAGCUAAAAGGGCCGAAGAAGAGGCCCAACGAAGGGCUGAAGAAGAGGCCAAGCGACGUGAGCUGGAGGAGAUACUCGCCCAGACGGGCGGCUUACGCCCGGCCAAGUGUCCUCUUAUCACUCCACUCAGCGAGAAGUGGAUGCAGGAGGUUGAAAAGGCCCUGGACCCAGGCACCACGAGAUUGCUGGCCAGCACUUGCGAGGGCAUCGAAUUGAGACGACACGACUUUGACACUCUUAUUCCACCGACAAAGUGGCUCAAUGACGAAAUCAUCAACGGAUCUCUGGGCUGGCUCGACCGAGCAAUCAACGGGGCUGCUGGCAUUAAGGACACCAGGAGACAGACCCGCAAAUGCUUGGCCAUGGGCUCGUUUUUCUUCAAAUAUCUUCUUGAGAAGGGUGUUGAGCGGACUGAGCGGACUCUUCGUCGCAACGGGGUGACCAAGGACAAUAUGCUGGAUGUCGAGACGAUCAUCUUGCCCAUCUGCAUGAACUUGCACUGGACGGUGCUCGUCAUCCGCCCUGCCAAGAGAACAGUGGUUCACAUGGACUCGCUCAGUCCCAGCGGGUCCCGGCAGAUUCGCAGACUUGGGCUGGCAUGGGUCAAGCACAUACUGCAGGAGAAGUUUGUGGAGUCUGAGUGGGAGGAGGUUGUGACGGAGGCUCCCAGUCAGAGCAACUCUUACGACUGCGGGGUCUUCACCAUCACCAAUGCCAUGUGCCUGGCUUUGGGCUUGAGCCCCAUUCACAGCUACGAUGCGCAAGACAUGCCGCUGCAACGCCAUCGGAUUGCGGCUGCGUUGAUGAAUGGCGGGUUCAAGGACGAGUUUGACCUUCAAGGUUAUUGA